AUGGCGGAGAACGAUGCGAUAUUCGUGGCGGAGGCUCAGGUGGAGUCCGGCUUGAGUUCGAAGAAUACCAGGAAUCCCAACAUCAGUCAGACUGGGGAAGAGAUACGACAGGCGAAGCGAUUCGGGUUGGGUGUUACGCCGGCGCAUAUCACACGUUCGCGAACGAUCACGGAGGAGACGCCGCUGUUAGGGGAAGAGAAUGGAUCAUCCGGGGCGCAAGAUGGCAAAGAUGGCGGAGGGAGCGGCUCAGUAUGGCCAGGGCAGGCAGACUUUGAGGGUCUGCCAUGGUGGAAGAGGCCAUCGAUAUAUUGGAUGCUCGCGCCGUUCUUUAUCUCCACCCUCGCGUUUGGCGGCAUUAUCGUACCGAAGCUCAACCUGAUAUUAUCUCUCAUAUGCCGAGAAUAUAUUGCGGAUAGGUCCAUGGCCGACCCGGAUUUCACUAUGAUGCCCGUCGUAUUUGGAGGAGACAAUCCUCAAUGUCGAAUACCGGAGGUGCAAGCGCGCGUUGCGCAAUUCACCUUAUAUGGAAACCUUAUAUCGGGCAUCUUGGCCGCAAUCACCUCGCCAAAGCUUGGCGCACUAUCAGACCGAUAUGGCCGUACAAAGAUUAUCCUAGCCACCACGGUGGGGACGCUAUCAGGAGAGAUCAUCACGAUCUUUGCCGCGAAAUACCCGGACACCUUCCCUGUGAACUGGAUACUGGUUGGAUAUGCGACUGAUGGACUUUGCGGCUCCUUCAUUGCCGCCAUGGCUCUUGCGCAUUCUUACGCGACGGACUGCACCCCGCCAUCGCGCCGAAAUGUAGCUUUUGGUUACUUCCAUGGAUGUUUGUUUUCUGGCAUUGCGUUAGGUCCCAUCCUUGCAGGCUACAUUAUCAAGUGGACCGGUUCAGUCCUAUCCAUCUUUUACGUGGCGCUGGGGGCACAUCUCUUCUUCAUAUCCUUCGCGGCAUUUAUUAUCCCGGAGUCCUUGACAAAAGCACGACAGCUGGCGGCGAGAGAAAAGUACAAAGCAGAGCAGGAUGCGGCUGGACCUGCAUCGGACUGGAUCAAUCAGAUCCGGUCUUUCAACUUACUCGAACCUCUCAAGAUCCUCUACCCUACUGGCGAGGGCUCAAGUCCUGCCGUACGCCGCAACCUCCUCUUGCUAGCAUCAGUAGAUACGAUUGUCUUCGGCGUCGCCAUGGGCUCGAUGACCGUUGUCGUCAUAUAUUCCAAUUUCCAGUUCGGCUGGGGCACAUUUGAAUCCAGCAUCUUCGUCUCCAUCGUCAACAUCUGUCGCGUCUGCUGCCUGCUCGUCAUCCUACCUCUAGUUACACGGUUGGUGCGAGGACCAAGCAGCAAGCGCGCGCAAAGAAAUACCGGUUCAGACACGCUCGAUCUCUCCGUCAUCCGCGUUGCCGUCUUCUUCGACAUGCUAGGCUAUCUCGGGUACACGCUGGCUCGCACCGGUCCGCUGUUUAUACUUUCGGGAGCACUCGCAUCUGUCGGAGGCAUCGGCAGUCCGACAUUGCAGGCGGCAUUAACGAAGCACGUGCCUGCAGACAAGACGGGACAGCUGUUGGGUGCUUCGGGCCUGCUACACGCGCUGGCACGUGUAGUGGCGCCGACAAUUUUCAAUGCGAUAUACAGCGUCACGGUGGGCAAAUUCACUCAGACGGUAUUUGUGUGCUUGACGGCUACUUUUGGCGUUGCGUUUGUGGUUAGCUGGUUUAUAAGACCACAUGUAUACCUUGAUGAACCGGAGGUGGUGGCCAAUACCGGGUUGACGGAGGACGGCGUGGAGUAG